AUGGCCGGUUUAUUCAAUAGAAGGAGAAGGCCCGAUUCCUAUCAAGGGUUUAGCAAGUAUACUCAUGAGAUAAACACUUUCCACCACCCAACUCAACAUGCUGGAUUGCCAUUACAGCCACAACAACAGCAGCAGCAGCAGCAGAGAACUCAAUCGAUGACCACUGCUGGUGCUGCGGCUGCGGCGGCUGCUUUGCGGUUACACAGUACACCUGUGAAACAGCAACAACAACCAUCAAGUCCUACUCAAAGACAAUUUGGCCGUUCCAAUUCCUUAAGCAGUGCUAAUAGAUCCAACUCGUUAAGACAGUACACUUAUCAUCCAAAAGCGUCAUAUCAAACAGGCAGUGGCGGUGCCGGUGGUGCUGGUGGUGCUUCGUCAACAAGCAACAAUGAUCAUGGAUUACCUAGGAGGUACAAUAGUUUAACAUCACAAGGUAGAAACAGUCUUACGAGAAGGAGUCAAGUUAACCAAAGACAAUUGCAACAACCUCGUCAUGAGAAUUUCCAUGAAGUAGAAGAGGAAAAUCAACAUCGAGUGCAUCAUAUAAAUGAAGACGAAGAAGAAGUGGAUUAUGUAGUUACAACCACCACAACUAAAGUAGUUGACUCACAAGGUAGAACACAGUCAAUAACCACCAAAACUGUCAAGACAUUUCCAGAUGGAUCUAAUAUCAUUGAAACCUCUACAAAGAAUAUAUCUAGAUCCAAUUCUAGAGCUAAUUCCCUUAGUUCAAACAAUUAUAGACAAAACUCAAUGACUGCCUCAUUAUCGCAUCAACCGAUCAAUUUAACUAAAAUUGAUGAGGAUUUGCAAAAUUUUGAUUACGAUUAUCAAGUAGAUAAUCUUGAUGAUGAUGGGAAAUUGAAGUUGAACACUGGUGAUCAACAUCACCCACAAGAAAGAGAUAUUAUUGCCGAAGAAGCUGAGGAAGAGGAGGGUAAACAAUUUUCAGAACCACAAUUGGGUGCGCCUUUCAAUGAGCUCACUAGACCAGAGAAACCAAGACAAUAUUCUACUGAUAGAACUUCAUCAUUAAACAGUCAGAAUAAGCCAUUGAGGUCGAUUUUGAAAGGCCAAACCCCAUUAAAUGACUCACAACAACAACAACAACAACAACAACAAGGUACUUUACCCGCUGCGGCUGCGGCUGCUGCAAGUGUUCCUCCUGAAGUUGCAAGAGGGGAUAUCGACUCGCCUCCUGUUGACUCCCAUCACCCUUAUAAGCACUUGACUUCAAAUACACAAGAGCAACAAAUCCCACAACAGUCCAGACAGCCAGCAAAGCCUACGGUUGCCACGAGCCCAACGUACAAUAUCAAUGACUCAUUCAAUCGGCAACCGAGACAACAAAUUUCGUCACCUAGAGAGAAUAUCCACUAUAGUCACUCUCCAGGAAGCUCUAUAAAAUUUGAUGACAAGGUGGAAACUAUUCCUGUUGAAAGACCAAAAUACGCUCAACCAACUUCACCAAAGCAAUAUCAAGCUAGAACUAAGCCAGCACCUCCUGGACCUCCAGCUGCUUCUUCGUUACAACAACCAAAUGCCGAUUUUUAUGCUGCAGCAAUGCAAGCUGCCUACAAAAAAGUCUAUGGAGACCGUGAUCAAGCAGCCAUAGGGGGAGCUACCUCGCCAACAAGCCCAGACUUUCACCCAUCAAGUCCUCCACAACAAUCGCCACCACAAGUCGAGAGACAACAUUCUGGUCGUAAAUCCAAAUUCGGAUUUAUCCCAUUAACCCCUCGUAAAGAGGUGUCGUCACCACAACAAGAGCAACAAUUCGAGCCCCCUGUGCAACCAAACACCAACCAGGAGCGCACCUCAUCUAUGAACUCAUUAAUUAAAAACAAGAUCCAACGUGAUCAAAAAGCCCAAGCUGCAAUGAGCAAAGGAUCUGUACCUAUAAAUUAUGAAUACGUGAAUCAUCAUAAGCAAUUCCCUAUGCACUCAAUGCGUGAAGAUCCUCAGAGACAAAAGGAAGGACAACGAUUGGCUAAGGAGCAGACUAAGGAGCAGAAACAAGCAGCUAAGGAACAAGCCAAAGAGGAUAAGAUUAAAGCUAAAGAACAAGCUGAUGAGGAAAAGAGAUUGGCUAAAGAACAAGCCGAUCAAGAGAAGAUUGCGGCUAAGGAGGCAAAGAAGCGUGAGAAAAAACCAUUGUUUGGUUUCUUCAAUAAAAAGAAUAGAAGACAUAGUCAGACAGGAUCAGUUUAUUCCGGUACCAGCUCCAAUGUCGGUACAUCCUCACCACAACAACACCAUCAACAAGUGUCUGGUCCUGGUGUGCCUGUGAUUGGCGGAGCUGCUGUAGGUGCAACUGCUGCGGGUGUUGUGGCAUCAAGUGAGAACAAUGUUGAUGGCAUUUCUCGUGAUGUCGGAACAACUUCAAAUACAGUUGGUGCUCCUCAAGCCAAUAUUGAUACUAUGGCUACACCUAGAUCUUCAGUUCCUGCAACUCCCGUUCAGAACAAUGCAGUAAAUGGCAGGGAGGAAAACGUUGUUGGUGGUCUACAUUCCUCAGUACCGUAUGGCAAGCAUGGUGCUGUCCCCACUGAUUUCCCUGCUAAAAAAAGUGAUGCUCAAGCUGGUACUGUGGUUGAAUCACAAGUCCGUGAAGAUCGUAAUCCGGUACAAAUCAGCUCCCCUGUGCAUGUUCAACGCCUUGGUCCGAAUAUUGAAUCUCAAGCUGAUGAACUUCAAAAUGAAAUUGAACAUAGUAAUAGUGGCCGAUAUGGUGUAAAUGGCGAAGGAAUUGUUGGUUCCGGACCAACAUCAGAGAAGGAAACAGUUUUGCCUGUUCCAAUAAGUUCGCCAAUUCGGGUUGAGUGUCUUGGUCCUAAUAUUGAAGCACAAGCUGAUGAACUUACAAAUGAGUUGGGACAUGAACGUCGUAUACCAGAGGAUAAUUAUGGAGUGGAAGAACAUCCUGGAACUACUCUCGACCCACGCGCAAAGGAACCUGAAGCGGAGAAGAACAAUACCAAUAAGAAUAAUGGUCCAAAUUUGUAUUCUAAAGAGGAUGCUGCUGCUGCUCCUGUUGUAAUUCCUACCGGAGAAGGUACUGUGGAGAACUCUACUGUGGGCGAUACUUAUGGCUCGCAACUUGGUGAUGGUGAGUCUUAUAAAAUUUCCGUACCACGAAAAUAUUCAAAUCAAGAGAAUGACCUCGAGGCAAUGGAGCCUAAGCAAUCUGAUCUUAUUCCUGGUGCCACUGUCAGUACUACCAAUGUACCCUGUGAUAGUUACUACCCACUGCCAAAUCUAAGCACAAAGCAAAGGAAUUCUGUUUAUGAUCACGCUGAUACCAAAGAGGCUCAAGCUUUUUCGAAAGUUCCUGUACCCGAAUUGAACGAUAUUGAAGACGAUGAUGAACAAGAACAUGGUGGGGUUGAAGACAUCACUGUUGUUGAAGAGGCUCCGGUGCAAGAGGAACCUUCUUUGAACAGUUAUGAGAAAAUUCCAACUCCUACGAAUAAUGAAGAUGAGAAUUAUCAAGUUAUAAAUAAGAAUGAAAUUGUUGGAGAAAAUACUGAUAGCAGAGUCGAAGGUGAGAUCAAGUCGGUAACAGAGUCAGAGCCUGUUGUGAUUGACACAUUGACCGAACCAGUGGCUUCAAAUGUUGAUCAUGAGACAGGCUACAAGACGCCACAAGUUGAUGCUGAACCAACAUUUGCAGGCAAAAGUAAAAGACCGCCAAGUGAAGUUGGUGCUCUGGCAUUUGUCAUGAGUGAAAAAUUGGCUGAUCCUCAUGAUCAUCAAAAUUUAAUGAGUGGGAACUUUGCUGGGUCUCAAUUUGUUAAAAAGAGCAAUACUCAGCAAGAUUCACCAUCUAGUAGAGGCUCACAAGGGCAACCGAAGCCUACUUUUGUGAGUGACGAAGCGCCACAGGAUGCAACUGAAUCUCGCCAACAACAAGUUUCAAAAGAUCUGCAACAACAGCCAUCCCAACAUGAAGCAGCUAAUAAUGGAUACUCUUCCUCUACCGAACCUAGUGGUGACACGUUGCCCACUACACAAUCCAAGCACAACAUCGAAGAAUAUAAUCCAGAUGAUCUUGAAGGUGUUGUAGUUGAAGAGAAAAAAGGAAAGGGUAAGAAGAACAAAAAGGAAAAGAAGGAGAAGAAGGAGAAGAAACCAAGUAAGUUCAAGGAGAAGAUGUUGAAGUAUUUUGUGAGUGGGUAUGAAAAUUGA